GAAUGAUAUCCCACACGUGCAAAUUGUAUAUUGCUGUAGUGAUUUUAUGCACAUUAAGCAUAAUGAAAAUUGAAUCAGCCACAUUUUUAGUACCAAUUCGGUUUUACGAGACAGGAGAAAUGUAUGUUAACGUAGACGGAGUGGAUAUUUCACUCGACCAUAAUGGUGUAGUGAAAAUGGUGAAAGGCGACUGUACUACAACAAUUUCGUUAGAACCACCAAGUGAAGUAGAAAUAGCAACUCGAAAUGGAUGGCGCAACUGUACUUACCAAUGUGGACCACUGCAACCAUCACAAUCCUGGGAGGCAGUUAGAGAAUACUGAAUAACUACAACACGAAUGUAGAAAUCAUUUAUUGUCUACAACGGAAAUGUUGACUCUUGAUUAUCUCAUUUUCGAAUGUGUUUGAUUUUUUUGUUACACUCAUUUGAAUAAAUUAUAAUUCUUAGCAUCA